AUGGCCGCACAGAAGCGAAAGAAGUCCGGUAUAACAAAUGGACAACCUACUACCACCGAGGCUGCAAACCCUGUCCCCGACACUCCGGCUCCGCGCCGAUCCGCCAGAAACAUCAGCGACGUGAAAACAGUCACCAAGCCCGGCGCCGCCAUGAGUCCCACCGAGGCCGAUCUUGCAAAAGACCAACCACCGGCUAAGCGCCGCCAGAUUAGCCGCAAGAAGGCCGAGUCUGAGAAUGGCGUGCGCCGUGCCAUAAGAGAGCUCACUGAGAUGGAGAACCGUCUACAGAAUUCCACCAGGAACCAGCGUCUUGCCAUCGAGACGAGCCAUGUCCCGCCUGGUUCAACCAAGCCUCACUCAGACAAAAACGCAUAUAAACCUCACUUGGCAGUCCAUCCGUCAGAUCCAGAGAAGCUCGCCCGGAUGGCUGAAGAGGAGCGAUCCGGUACCCCCAAUUUGGAUGCCGCCCCAAUCGAAGGUCCGGACGGGGAAGGCGCUGUCGGUGACGUCGAGGACGACAAGAUGCGCCUCGAGAACGCUCCGGAGAGAGGUGCUGGACGAGAGCCGCCUGUAAACAGCAGCUACCUGCCUCUCCCAUGGACUGGAAGGCUGGGUUACGCCUGUCUCAAUACCUAUCUCCGCGCCGCAAAUCCACCCGUCUUCAGUUCAAGAACUUGCCGCAUAGCCUCCAUAUUACAACAUCGUCACCCGCUUGCUGAUCCAUCUCAGCCUGAACACCCUACUAAGAAUCGUCCUGACGAAAACCAGCCGGCCGAUAUCAAACGCGGUCAGAAGUAUGUCGAGGAACUGGGCUUGGCCAAUGCUCGGGAUAUUGUGAAAAUGCUUCGCUGGAACGACAAGUACGGCAUCAAGUUCAUGCGACUCAGCUCAGAAAUGUUUCCGUUUGCUAGCCAUGAAGAAUACGGCUACCGCCUCACCCCGUUCGCUGCGGAGCCUCUUGCAGAAGCCGGAAAAGUCGCUGCACAACUAGGCCACAGACUGACGACGCACCCUGGCCAGUUUACUCAGCUCGGCUCACCACGCAAAGAAGUCAUCACAGCCGCAAUUCGCGAUCUUGAAUAUCACGAUGAGUUGCUCGGCCUUCUCCGUCUUCCGGAGCAGCAAAAUAGGGACGCCAUCAUGAUAUUGCAUAUGGGUGGCACUUACGGCGACAAGGCAUCUACGCUGGAUCGAUUCCGUGCCAACUAUGCUAAGCUGUCACAGUCUAUCAAGAACCGACUUGUCCUCGAGAACGACGAUGUUGCCUGGUCUGUCCAUGACCUACUACCUAUCUGCGAGGAGUUGAACAUCCCAAUGGUUCUGGACUUCCAUCACCACAACAUCAUUUUCGACGCAAGCCAAUUGCGUGAGGGUACCGAGGAUAUUACGAAGAUCUACGAUAGGAUCAGUGCUACAUGGACGCGCAAGAACAUCAAGCAAAAGAUGCACUAUAGCGAAUCAUGUCCGAGCGCUACCACACCCCGGGACCGAAGAAAACACUCUCCGCGAGUGCGCACUCUUCCACCGUGCACUCCUGACGCAGAUCUCAUGAUCGAGGCCAAAGAUAAGGAGCAGGCUGUCUUUGAACUCAUGCGAACAUUCAGGCUUCCGGGAUGGGACUUAUUCAACAACGUGGUGCCACACGAGCGACUGGAUGAAAUCCGACCGAACAAGGCGGUCGCCAAGAAGGAUGGCAAAAAGAAGCCUAAGAAAUCCAAGAAGAAGAAGGAUGAUGACGACGAAGACGAGGAACCAGAGGAACCUGAAUCCGUUCCUGUAGAAGAGAAAAUCAUAGCCCCUGAGGAUUUCGGCAUGGGUGGACCGCAACAUAGGGUGUAUUGGCCUGAGGGUAUGGAGGAAUGGUUGAGGCCCAAGAAGCGGGAGGUCAAGAAAGCAAAAUCAACGCAAAUCAAAGAGGAGAUCAAGAAGGAAGAUGAUUAA